UAUACAUGUACAGUGGAUUAGGAUUUAAUAGUGUUUUGAUGGCUUUGUCAAGUGCUAAUUAUAAAUAUACACAUGUACUAUCUUUACCAACUUUGUACCUUUUUAAUUAUUAGCAUAGUCAAGAACAUAGAAUGAAGACACUAUACACACUUUUGGUUCCAGUUAUUGUCAGUGUCGCUGUAGCCAUUGAUAAUCCUCAGAAUGGAGACAUCCGAUUGUCUGGCCUGGUGGAUCGAUCGUCUCUGAAAGGCCGCCUGGAGGUGUACAACAGCACCACUGAUGUGUGGGGUACAGUGUGUUAUACUAAUGAUAUAGCGCAGCAGAACUGGGAGAAGGGAGCAGCCAGGGCAGCUUGUCGUCAACUAGGCUAUCAGGAUGUCAUUAGCGUUGGAUCAGUCACUCAGCUAAAUGUUCUACCUGCCCCUGAGACCACACCUAUUCUUCUGUACGAAGUGAGCUGUGUGUACAAUACGGAUGUCUCGAACCUUAACAACGAGAUGGAGCAUAUUCUGAGAUGUGAUUUCUCUGAGGAGGGGAGUUGCAACCACACCCAGGACAUGGCUAUCGAGUGUAGUAAUACGUCCAAGUAUGCCAGCCCCUACAGUGCAGAGGUUCGGCUGGUGGGCGGGGACUAUCGCUCUCACGGGGUGCUGGAGGUGUACGUCAACGAUAUCUGGGGUACGGUGUGUCCUGACAGUGUGACUGCCAGCAGUGCUCAGUCAGCAUGUCGUCAGAUGGGCUACACAGGAGCUAAUUCAUUCUCCCAGGCCGACCCACUCAAGGACACUCAACUUGUAAUCCAGACAUUGACUUGUUCUAGUUCUCGUCAAUGUCUGGGUUUCUGCUUUUAUUAUCCUUCAGCAACAGACACGGUCACCUGCUUUUCUGACGCGAUAGUAGCCAUCACAUGCACAUUUGAUUUGCAGAAAAAAUAUCUUACCCCUGGUAACGAGGACACCUGUGAGGCUAGUACAUCUCCUACAGUUCCUCCGCUCAACUGGAUAGUACGAUUGGCUGAGACAAUUGGAGGGGGUGUGGGGGGUCUGGCGUUGGUCCUUAUCCUCAUAAUCACGACUCUGUGUUGCUGUUGUUUCACCAAUGGCUGUCCCCUGCACUCUUGGAGAGAGAGGAGACUCUUUGGCGUUGACGGCUAUGAGAAAAUCAACUAAAUCAAUAACUCAAACUCAUUGACUGUCUGUACAUGAUAUAUUUAUUAUACUAUCAAUUUUUAUUGUGUGUGUGUUGAUUUAAUCAUUACAUGGACACAAAAAUUAUUAAGGAAAUGUA